AAUAGCUGCACUAUCCAUGGCUGCUUCACCGCCGCUCCGUCACGUGGCCAUGUUCCCCUUCAUGGCGAAAGGCCACGCCAUGCCGCUCCUCCACCUCGCGCGCCUCCUUCUUGGCCGCCGCCUCGCCUCGGCCGUCACCUUCUUCACCACCCCGCGCAACGCGGCCUUCAUCCGCGCGGGCCUCGCUGGUGCCGGCGCCGAGGCCGCGGUCGUCGAGCUUCCGUUCCCCUCCGAGCAGGACGCCCCGCAGAGCACGGACGAGCUCCCAUCAUCGACCCGUCUCGUCGACUUCGUCACCGCGGUGGCGGCUCUCCAGCCAGCGUUCGCGGACGCCUUGGCCAGGAUCGAGCCCAGGCCGGAUCUGCUCGUCCACGACGGCUUCCUCCGGUGGGCCAAGGACAUCGCCGACGAGCUCGGCAUGCCGCGGCUUGUCACUUUCGGCUUCGGCGGCUUCGCCACGUACGUCAGCCGGGCGGUCACGGAACACAGGCCGCACGCACACGUGAGCUCGCCGUCCGAGCCGUUCCUGGUCCACGGCUUACCGAACCUCCGCCUCACGAAGGCCGACCUCAACCCGCCCUUCGACGACCCGGAGCCUUCUGGCCCGCACUGGGAUUUCAUUUGCAAGAACCGCAUCAGCAUGUACUCCAGCCGGGGAAUCAUCGUCAACUCCUUCCACGAGCUGGAGUCGGUCUACAUCGACCUGUGGAACCGGGAGUUCGACAUCAAGAUGUGGCCAAUCGGACCGCUCUGUCUUGCGGCGUCCAAACCGGCAGUCCAGACCAAGGACGAUCUUGAGAUCUCAGAGUGGCUGGACUCGAGGCUCGCCCUGGAUCGGCCGGUUCUCUACGUCGCGUUCGGCUCGCAGGCCGAGCUGAGCCGGGCACAGCUGGAGGAGAUCGCCGUCGGCUUGGACAACUCCGGUGUAGACUUCCUAUGGGUGGUCCGGUCCAAAUGGCUCUGUUCAGAUUACCGAUUUGAUGACAGGUUCGGAGACAGGGGCAAGGUGGUGGAAGGUUUCAUCAACCAGCUUGGCGUGCUGAGUCACAAAUCAGUGAAAGGAUUUUUCACGCACUGCGGAUGGAACUCUGUGCUGGAGAGUAUCGCCAUGGGCGUGCCAAUACUGGCGUUCCCAAUGGCGGCCGAGCAGAAGCUCAACGCGAAAUUCGUCGUGGACGUGAUCCACAUGGGGCUCCGGGUUUGGCCGAAAGAAGACGCGGACAAGGAAGGCGGUGGAUUGGUUGUGAGUGGAGACGUGCAGGUGUUGGCAAGGGAGUUGAUCUUCGGAGAGGAAGGGAGACGUGCCGCGGCUAGAGCUAGUGAGCUCUCUGUGUCUUCUAGAAAGACCAUGGAAGUGGGUGGUUCCUCGUUUGAAAACCUGGCAAAGAUGGUACAGGAGGUCAGUGAGAGUGAGACCCAUGCCAAUGGUGAGUAAAGUAAAUAAAAUCAUUCCAAGUUGCUGUU